AUUGCAACAAACCAAUAAAAUCACCUAUCACUUGCCAUACAAUUUUUAAAACGCAUUUUGCUCUUUUCAUGCAUUGUCUCCAUGUUUGAAUAUCGUUUUUAACAUUUUCAUUUGUAAAUAUCGUACAAACUAUAAGCAAAAAUGGAUUAUUAUUUUGUGCAAAAGGCAGCCAAAUGUAGACAGCGCGUCUAUGACGAUUAUGCAUUCAACGAAAAUGUACGAAUCGGACGGGGUUCAUAUGGCCAAGUGUAUAAAGCACGUGAAAUAGACGAUGAAAAUGGCAAACAAAAUUAUGCACUCAAAGAAGUUGAACUUACACAUUACUCACCAUCAACGUUUCGUGAAAUCGCCCUGUACCGUGAGAUCAAACAUCCGAACAUAAUCGACUUGCUGAAGGUGUACUUCAGUUAUUCACAUCAAAAGGCUUGGUUACUUUUCGAUUACGCUGAGUACGAUUUGCAUUCGAUGAUUAAGUUUUAUCGUAACACUGAACUGACUCUAUUUCCAUUGAAAAUGCCUUAUGUCAUGAAAAAGAGUUGUCUUUAUCAAAUACUUUUGGGCGUUAAAUAUUUGCACGACAAUUGGAUUCUGCAUCGUGAUUUGAAACCGGAAAAUAUAAUGGUUAUGGGUGAGGGGCCGCAGCGAGGUUGCAUUAAAAUUGCUGACAUGGGAAUGGCACGCAUUUUUCAUGCGCCAAUGAAACCGUUAGGUGAUGUUGACACUGUUGUGGUCACUAGUUGGUAUCGUGCACCAGAACUAUUACUUGCUUCACGUCAUUAUACAAAAGCCAUCGAUAUGUUUUCGAUUGGAUGUAUUUUUGCGGAAAUUUUAACAAAUCUACCGAUAUUUGCAUCGACUCCGGAAACUAAUCCUCAACCCGUCCGUUCGCCGUAUCAAAAGAAUCAACUCGAUAGAAUAUUCAGUGUUAUGGGCUAUCCAACGUUGGCAAGUUGGCCAGAACUGAAACACAUUCCCGAAUAUACGAAGAUGACACAAGAAAUUGCCAGAUCCAAGUACGCCCAAUGCUCAUUGGCAAAGUAUAUGAAAGCAUUCAACGUUACAAAGCAUGAACUAUCAUUUCAUUUAUUAUCAAAAAUGCUUGUAAUGGACCCAAAGAAACGCAUCAGCACCAAUGAAGCAUUAGGUCACAAAUAUUUCACUGAACUGCCUCAUCCAACGAAAGAUGUUUUCCAUUAUUUUAAUAAACUUAUUCCAUUUCCACCCCGAAAAUAUCUGUCGACAAAAAUUGAACCGCCGAAAUUUCUUCAAAAAGAACGAAAAAUUCGUAAGGCCUCUUAUUUGACGGAGCGAAAUAUUUAAAACUGCAAACAUACACAAAAAUAUUUCGAGUAGCCGUGGCUGCUCGUCGAUGUGUAUUUUGAAUUGCGAACGAAAUUUAUAUGACAUUUGCAUCAAUCUGACAGUAUAGGUGAUACAUAACCUCAAAACAAAAAUCGAAUGCGUAAAUCACCGUAUAAGUAGAGCAAGCAAGUUAGAAAAUCUAAUGAUUUUGAAAAUUAAGUGACGUUUAAAAAUUAGAUUUGAAAUGACAACAUGUAAACAAAAACAACAUUCAGAUCGCCACAUAUCCAAUUUUUCGGUCUAAAUUUAACGAUAGCAUAUUAUAUCAGCCAAAUUUUCUAGAUUAUCACACAUUUAUACUCGGUGUCAUUUAAAUUGUAAUUUUGAACAUUAGAAAAGACUAAAAAAAUAUAAAUUAUACUCAUGAACAUCAAUCAAAGACAUUGUGUAAAUUUUGAAUAAAUCGUAAAUUGUAUUGUAUUGAAA